ACGACAAAGUGCCUCCUGUGCGAUUUGACAACGUAAUACUAUAGUUGUUGUAGGGUUCCAGUACAGAUUUCCGCCAAACCCACCGCUGAAACAAAAGCGAAACUCAACGUAAAAUUAGCCAUAGAAAGAAAGGAGGAAGGCUUUUCUCCAUUCCCAGCGUUAGAGCAGCAUGAUGGAGGAAUAUCCUUAUGCAGUGACAGUUGAAGGCGAAUGGGGGCCAAAUCUGUCUAAAGUGAUUAAGAACAAGUUACAGAUUUACUUUCAGAGCAAAAAGAAAUCAAAUGGUGGGGACUGCAAGGUGGAAUACGAAGAUUCAAGCGCCGGGAGAGCCACGGUUUGUUUUAAGUCCGAGGACGUCAGGAGCAGAGUACUUGCUAAAGGAGAACACGAGAUCACGAUUGAGAAUGAAAGGGUGAGACUAAGCGUCUUGCUACAUGGAAGAUCCUCUGAAAAAGUUACGAGUCAAGCGGAAGGGGGAGGCACUAGACCCACAGACUCAGGUGUGUCUGAGAAAGGGGAGGAGGCCUCGCCUGCUGGAGGCAGACAGACAGAUGGCACCGAGGACGCGACUGCGGCCAGGGCCUUGGUGCUGGAGAACGUUCCAGAGAAGCUCUCCAAAGACCUCCUGGCCUUGAUGGUGGAGAACAUAUGUGAGGUGAAGGAGGAAGACUUCUCCAUAGAGCUGAUUUAUGACAUAACCUCUGCGGUCGUGUCCUUCAGUCAACCCACAGCUGCGGCGUGGUUCCUGUCCAAGUGCAGCCAGAACAGUCGGUUCCAGCAGUACGGUCUCAGAGCCAGAGUACUGGAGCCGACCCGCAGCGUGCGAGUGGAGAACCUGCCCCUCCAGGUUGUGGAGGACCUGCUGGAGCUCUACUUCGAGAAGGAGAGAGAAGGGGGAGGACCAGUGGAAGCUGUCAGAAUGAUACCUGAGGAACAGGCAGCCAUCAUCACCUUCUCUGAUCCCAAAGUGGCAGAGAGAGUACAGAAGAGGAAACAUCUUGUGUGUAAAACCCCUGUGAACGUGUACCCUUACUAUGAGUCCUUGGGCGCGGCGCUGUAUGGUGAAGAUCGCCCAGAGUGGAAGAUGCCCAAUGCUUUUACUCAGAGCCUUCACCCAGCUGUGUGGGAGUUCCUGGUCUGGAAGAAACAGGCGGCGACCAUCAAUGACCAGAUGCGGUCUCACUUUUGCGAAGUAGACCUCAGCAGUGCCGAGGUGAAGCUUCGCCCUUCACCAGCGCUGCUGAAGCAGAAGGGCUUGACAGCCAAUCACAUCAACAGCUGGAGCAGCAACGCCACGCAUGCUUUCCAGAGUGUUGCUGCCAAGUACAAGACAUUUGAAUGUGGAGUAAAUAUGUCUGUGUGGAAGGCAGCAGAGGAAGAUGUCCGUGUGGCAGCAAAAGAUGACAUCUUCCUGUUGCAUGACCGGACCAGUGGAGUGGUGGCUGUGGCGGGUUUGGCCAAAGAUGUAAAUCGUCUACAAAGGGUGGUGGAGGGGAUUGUGCAGAAAGCCUCUAGUCGUAUUGAAAGGGAGAGAGAUGGCGUUUCUGAGGAGAUGGAUCUAUCCCCUGGCAUGUACGACAUCCUGCAGCAGAGGAGGUUUCACCAGAAGUUUGCCUCAUCCUACCCAGACCUGAGCAUCACCUACAGAGCCGAUAUCAAGAAGCUGGUUCUGACCGGUCUACCUGCUGAAGUGUUCUCUGUCAAAAGCUGGGUUCUAGAGAGCCAGCUGAAUAUGAGACAGAGGCAGCUGGAGGUGGACCCCUGUCUUCUGGCCUUUCUCAGCCUGGUGGACAGUGAGGAGGUUUCACAGAACAUCUUCACGUCGCGUGACGUCAACGCUGUGUUCAAGAUGGAGAAAGGGGAGGUCGUGGUUCUGGGCAGCUCUGAGAGGGAUUUGACUGAAGCUGAGAAGCUACUAAAGAAUGUCCUGAGCUUCCAUCACAUCGCUGUGGAGGACCUGGGGGUGAUGAGCAAACCGGAAUGGCUGAAGCUGAAGGCCCAGCUGAUGGACACUUACAACACCUCCAAGAAGAACACGGUGUCCAUAAAGCUCAGCACACAAAACUGCAUCACUGUAUCCGGAUUUUGCCAGCCGGUGAGAGAGGUGUCCGACAAGCUGUCGGACUUCAUCAACAAGCACUCGCGCGUUGACAUGGCUGUCCCAGUUCGGUCCCGCUCCAUGCUCAAAUUUAUCCAGGGCAACAAAGCGUCGGCCUGGAAACCACGCGUGGACCCACGAGAAGUGCAGGUGGACUUUGACUCCAGGAAGCGGCGGAUUGUCCUGAGAGGAGCGCGGAUGUGGGUGCAGGAAGUGAAGAGCCUGUUCCAGCAGAUAGCAUCCGCCCUCUACACUGAUCACCUGACCAUUGUCAAGCCCGGAGCCAAGAAGUAUUUUCUGGAGGAAGGGCGGGACUUUGUGUCCAUGCUGAUGAAUGAGCAUCACUGCGUGGUACUGCUUCAGGAGGAGGAGGAAGAGCUGCCAGAGGAGGAGCAGGAGCAGGAGGAGAACACUUCGCUCACUUGUCAGGUACAUAUGGACCAUGGGGUGCUGAUCACAGUGAACAAGGCAGACAUCUGCCAUUUUGUAGCUGAUGCCGUGGUCAACGCUGCAAACGAGGACCUGAAGCACAUCGGGGGUUUGGCGGCAGCUCUCCUCAGUGCCGCGGGGCCUCGACUGCAGGAUGUCUGUGAUCAGUACGUCCGUGCGAACGGCCGCCUGAAUCCCGGCGAAGCCGCCAUCACUGAGGCGGGGCGGCUUCGCUGUAAGUAUGUCAUCCACGCGGUGGGGCCCCGGUUCGGCAGCUCUGACCGCAACAAGUCCAUCUCGCUGCUGUCCCACGCUGUGAGGAGAAGCCUGGCCCUGGCCACUAAGCACGGCUGCUCCUCCAUCGCCCUGCCAGCCAUCAGCUCGGGCAUUUUCGGCUUCCCCCUGGACCUGUGCGCGGACACCAUCGCCAGAGCUGUGCGUGACCACUGCAAGGACGCCCACCCCCACGGGACGUCACUGACUAAGAUCCACCUGGUGAACAAUGACGACAAAACUGUCCACGCCAUGACCCAGGCUGUGAGCGUGGUGUUUGCCAACAAGGACCCAGAGCUGUUUUCUGAGAGGAGGAGUCCUCCAUUGUCUGAACAGCGGAGACCACCCAGACAGCCAAGUGAAGGAUGGAAAAGUCCCUCAGAAAGGCAGAGUGCCUCCACUGAUUACAGCAGGAAUGAACCAUCCGGGAGCUGGGGGGAACUGGAGACCAAACACACCAAGGAGGGCCUGAAGAUCUCACUCAGGAAGGGGAAUAUCCAGGAUGCCACAACGGACGUGGUAGUGAACACCAUCUCUGAAGAUCUGGACCUGAGCAAAGGGGCGGUGUCCAAGGCCAUCCUGCAAGCUGCUGGCCAGAGGCUGCAGCACGCGGUCCAGAAGGAGGGAGGGAGAGGGGGCGUAGCGAGGUAUGGAGAUGUGCUGCAAACGGCCGGCUAUGGUCUGAAGUGCGAGAAGAUCUUCCACACCGUCUGUCCACCCUGGGACAACGGCGCCGGCAGAUCAGAGCAGACAUUGAUCGAGAUAGUCCAGACCUGCCUGAAAGAAGCAGAAAAGCAGAAGGCCACAUCAUUGACCUUCCCUGCUAUUGGCACUGGCAACAUGAGUUUCCCCAAGCCCCUUGUGGCCAAACUGAUGCUGUGUGAAGUUCAGGUCUUCAGCCACAAGAGGGCGCCAUCUUACCUCCAGGAAGUGGUGUUUACUGUGCAUCCAGGUGACAGCGAGACUGUGGAGCGCUUUGUGAAGGAGUUCAGAGGUCAAACACAGGGACACAAAGCACCCAGCAGAUACCCUCCUAGCCAAUCGCAUAAGUUCAAACGCCCCUCUCACCAAUCACAGCAAGACUCAGCCUUCUUUGGCCAGGUUUCCUCCCCCACACUGGGUGUCCAUAGUAUGGACAUUGGUCAUCUGACCCUGGAGGUGUCAUCAGGUGACAUCACUAGAGAGACUACUGAUAUCAUUGUAAACUCCUCCGACAGCACCUUCUCCCUCAAGACAGGCGUGUCCAAGGCCAUUUUGGAUGCAGCGGGCUGGUCAGUAGUGCAGGAGUGUGGACAGUUAGGCUCUCAGCCACACAAUGGGAUGAUCAUGACCCAGCCUGGAAACCUACAGUGUAAAAACAUCAUCCACAUUGUGGGCCAGAGGGAUCCCGCCUGCAUCAGGGACCUGGUCUUUGAGGUGCUUUGCGUGUGUGAAGAGAACAGGAUCAACUCUGUCGCCUUCCCUGCUCUUGGCACUGGUCAGGGUGGGGCCAGGCCAGCAUUGGUUGCGGACUCAAUGAUUACUGCUGUGACGGACUUUGUGACGAAAAAGAGCGGGCGAUACGUGAAGCUCGUGAAGAUUGUGGUCUUCCAGACCAGGAUGGUCCCAGAGUUCCUUCAGAUCAUGAAGAAACGGGAGGGCACAGCCCCGCCUGAGGAGAAGAGUGUCCUCGCUAAAGUGAAAGACACUUUCAGCAGCUUCUUUGGAGGUUCAAGCCGAGAGACUGCUGGCAAAGAAGAGUUUGUGAUGGCGGGAGAGGAGUUUGCCCCGACAGUCUUCCAGUUCUGUGGAGAGAGCGUCCAGGAUGUGUCCAGGGCUAAAGACGCUCUGAACCGCUUCAUUGUGAAGGAGCAGACGGAGAAACCGAUCCGGGACCGCUGGAUUGCGUACCUCAGUGAGGAUCAGCGGGGGGCGUUGCAGGACCUUCAGAGGAGGCUGACGGUCCGAAUUCGGCUGGAGAUGCGCGGCGAAGACUCAUUCAUCCAGCUGGAAGGUCUGACCCGAGAUGUGCUGAGGGCCGACACACAGAUCCAAGAAAUGAUCCGGGAGGCGGAGAGGACAGAAAAUCAGAGGCGAGAGGCGGCCCUCCUCAGCAACAUGGUGGAGUGGCAGUUUGAGGACAGAGGCACAUUCGUGUCCUUUGACAUCCUGACAAACCUCACCCUGGAGCAGGCCUUCGUGAGCAAGCGGUCUCGUGUCAAAAUCAAGAUCCGCAACUCAGAGUAUGAGGCUGAUUUGGGUCGUAAGAAAGCUGUAGGGAAUAGACAGGACAUUAAUUUGAAACAAAUUGAACUGACAGACACAUCUGUGGCUGUCCCAGGCACCUGGGAGGACAUGCAGGGAUCAGACCUGAAGGUCGUCAGUGUGCCUGCUGGGUGCCCAGAGUACCAGGAUGUGGAGACAGCAUUCAGGAGGACCGGCCUGGCCAACCCCAUCAUAGAGAUUGUGAGAGUGCAAAAUGAGUCCCUUUGGAAGGGCUAUCAGAUCAAGAAAAAGAGCCUGGACAGAAACGGACGCACAGACAAUGAGAGGAAGCUCUUCCAUGGCACAGACGUGCAAGCAAUUCAUAAAAUCAACAAACACGGUUUCAACCGCAGCCUUGCUGGAAAGAAUGCUGCUGUUAUUGGAAAUGGAACCUAUUUUGCUGUUGAUCCAAAUUAUUCUGCCCGCAACACAUACUCCAGACCAGAUCACCAGGGCCAAAAGCACAUGUAUCUGGCUCUGGUGCUGGUGGGGGAGUUUACUCAGGGGGCAGGUGGGAUGGCGGUACCUCCAGAGAAGAACCCUGGGGUCUCUGCAGAUUUGUACGACAGCGUUGUGGAUCACGUGACGCAGCCAUCCAUUUUUGUCAUAUUCAAUGAUGUGCAGGCGUACCCACAGUACCUCAUUACAUUCCAGUGAAUCUGAUCACGCUCCCUCGCAUCUGGAUCAGAACAAAGGCCAUCAUUUUUCCCACUGUAGCUGUAAAGCUGCAGUGCAGCAACUGAGUAUAAACAGAAUUGUGAAGAAUAAUUGUAAUCUACCAGAUGAUAAGAAACUUGAUAACACAGGAUAUAGGUGGUGGUGACGCUGCUGAAUAUAAUGACGAUGGAGACGAGGAUGAUGAUGGUGUAAUAGUGAUGAAAAUAAAAUACGCUGAGUUACUUUAAGCCCUUACAUAGUUAAGCUUGACACCUCACUAAAAAUGUUCCUAUUGGUUUUGAAUAUGCCACAAAUGCUGGAGAUUUAGAUAUAAAUAUUUUGAAUAAUUUACAUUGAAUGUAUUUGCAAGUUCUAUGUUUCCUAUUGUUUGUUUCACUCAUUUUAUUAUACUUUCAGAAUUAAUAUGAAAGCUGACCUUCUCUCUGCAACACAGCGUCAGUCCAUAUGUAGUGUCCCAUUGUUCUGUCGCUAGUAUCACUAAUAAAUAAAUCUGACA